AUGAGGCGGGUCUGCGUGGAGAGGCGGCCGCUGCAGAGGAGCGGCCCUGGCGGACUGGGGAGCCCCUUCCUUCCCCUCUCUCUACGUGGUGCCACUGGGACUAGGGCGGGGCGGAGGCAGGAGCUUCGGACACGGGCCGGGGGAAUUCGAGCUUCGCAGGCUGCAGCAGGUCCCUCAUCAUUUGUAUACAGAAAAAGGAUCAGCCAUGAAAUGUGUAAGAAAAAGAAGCACUGCUGAGCAGUUCGAGACUUGUGGCAUCUGGCUGGACACUGCAAAGUUAAAGAAGCGCAAAAUACAGACUCUCAUAUCCAAGCCAACUUCAAACAUGCCAAGUCCACUUCUUGAGAGGAACUAUAAUAGUCAUAUUUCAGUUAAUUUUACUCAGACAAGACUUUCCCAGCCAUACACCAGGCAAACUACCAUCUUUUCGUUCUUCAGCAUUCAACCAACAGGUGAAAAGGAUGAAGAAGAAAACUUAAAGACACAUUCUCUCAUGUCAAAUAAAGGAAAGGGCUCGGCUUUCUUGGCUGCCUCCUCUAUGAAGAACUCCGAGGCUGCUAAGUUAGAGGAAGCCCAGGCACCAAUCUUGAGCUCUCAAGAGGACAACAUUCAGGAGUGUAGCCAGCUGCUUGUACAAAACACACAAGGCUUGACCCUUCCCCUGCCAAACUAUACCUUCCCACAAGCACAGUCUAACAGCAGGAGUGAGUGCACAGCCUUUGCAAGGACCUCUGCUGAUGAGACAGAAGACUUUUUCUCCAUAAACUUCACCCAGGAUUCAGAGGGAAAUAGGGUUCUAUCUCACAGGAGUUCAGCUGACUCAUUCACUGGGAGAAUUUCAAGGAAGAGAAUGAGUUACUUUAUAGGUGAGAAAGAGGGCCAUUUGUGCUGCAAGAGGGGGAGAACUGGAGUGGGUCUCAAACCUAAACACCUGAUGAAAGGUAGGAGGAGAUGCAAAAACCUGCCCCCCGGUGGAAUUUCUUUUAUGGAUUUCUCAGGGGUUGAGAAUGUAUGUCCUGUUCCCAAGGAUAACAAAGGCCAGCAGACCAAUUGGCCUGUAUCCCAGGGGCAAACUACUAAAGCAGAGUUUUUGAGAGACAGUAGUCAAAAUUUUCCUGGCUUUUGGACAAGAAACUGUCACACUAUGGCUGGUUCAGCAGAAGAGCAGGGGACCGGUAAGAGUAGUCCUACCACACAGUUGUUUACCCAGGAUUCAGAGGGAUACAGAGUCAUUUCUCACCAGCACUUCUAUGAGAGCAUCAGAUCACCUUUGCAGAAAAAGUAUCUGCAGGACAAAACCAACUUUGACCAUAGAGUGCUUAGCUCACCUUCUGUAGGCUGCUUUAAGGUUUAUUCUUCAGGGGCACAGGACAGAACUCCUUUAUCUACUACAGCUGUGAACUUAAGUGAGCCUGAGUCAUGCUAUGAUUUGUUAUUCACAGAGGAUUCAGAAGGAAAUAGAAUUAUCAAACACUGAUUCAGUAGUAAUAUUUUUCUGAGUAAAGAGGAUGAUAAAAGUGACUUUUUUAGAUGUAUAUGAAAACUCCUAAGGCCUACACAGUGCAUCACUUUCUUUAAGAAAGAUACAGGGAAUAUGUAAGUGUAAACACUGCAUAUACAGCCUUUGGCUAUGACUGGUAAAGACCCAAACCCACAGGCUACUUACUCUGCAUGCAGGAUUGUCUUUAUUUGCACAUA